AUGAGCGCAAAGGCCCCAAAGCUCUUUAACAAGUGGUCGUACGAAGAUCUCCAGACGACGGAGAUCGCUCUCAGCGACCACAUUGCAAAGACGGCGACGUAUGUGCCUCACUCUGCUGGCCGCUGGCAGAAGAAGCGCUUUCGCAAGGCCCGCAUUCCGAUCGUGGAGCGUUUGACAAACGGUCUUAUGUUCAAGGGUCGUGGUAAUGGUAAGAAGCUGCAGGCUGUGCGCCUUGUGAAGCACACACUGGAGAUUAUUCACCUGCUGACAGACCAGAACCCCAUUCAGGUGGUGAUCGAUGCCGUGUCCAAGGGUGCACCACGUGAGGACUCCACUCGUGUUGGUUCUGGUGGUGUGGUCCGUCGUCAGGCCGUUGAUGUGUCUCCCAUGCGCCGUGUGAAUGAGGCUAUCUACCUGAUGUGCAAGGGUGCUCGUGAGGCUUCCUUCCGUAACCUCAAGACGCUUCCUGAGUGCCUCGCUGACGAGAUUGUCAAUGCGUCAAAGGGUAGCUCCAACUCGUACGCCAUCAAGAAGAAGGAUGAGGUGGAGCGCGUUGCCAAGGCUAACCGAUAA